CCUGCCGGCGGCGCAUGCGGGAGGCGGGGGAUGGCCGGACAUGGCGCUGGCGGCCCCGCCGCUACGGCGCUAUUUGCUGCUGCUGGCGCAGGAGCACCUGGAGUUCCGCCUGCCGGAAAUAACAUCAUUGCUCUCCCUUUGUGGCGGACAAUUCAGUGGCGAGCAGGAAAUUCGUGUAAAUUCUCCCUUUUGGAUUCUCAAUAUUCCUUCAGAAGAGAUGGCAAGGGGACUAAUGAAGCGGACCGUAUGUGCAAAGUCUAUAUUUGAACUGUGGGGCCAUGGAAAAUCUGCAGGGGAGCUCUAUGCAUCCUUGAAGAACUAUCCAACAGACAAGAUGCUUCCAUAUCUACAGUCAGACUCUACUUACAAAGUACAUAUUCAUACAUUUAAUAAAACACUGACCCAAGCACAGAAAAUAAAAAAGAUUGAUGCCCUUGAAUUUCUGCCAUUCAAAGGAAAAGUAAAUUUAAAGAAUCCAGAACACGUAUUUUGGAUUUUGGAGGAUUAUGGAAUGAACCCAAAUGAUGUUCCAGAAGAGCCCAUUCAUCUGUAUUUUGGUAGAUGGAUUGCAGAUGGCCAAAGAGAACUCAUUGAAUCCUACAGUGUAAAGAAGAGACACUUUAUUGGAAAUACAAGCAUGGAUGCCUGCCUCUCUUUCAUCAUGGCAAACCAUGGGAGAGUAAAACCCAAUGACAUUGUAUAUGAUCCAUUUGUUGGAACAGGUGGCCUUCUGAUCUCCUCAGCACAUUUUGGGGCAUAUGUGUGUGGUACUGACAUAGAUUACAACACAAUCCAUGGAUUAGGCAAGGCAAGCAGAAAAAACCAGAAAUGGAGAGGGCCAGAUGAAAAUAUCAGAGCAAACCUCCGACAGUAUGGUUUAGAGAAAUACUACCUCGAUGCGCUGGUUGCUGAUUUUUCAAGGCCAGUAUGGAGAAAAGGGAUGUUGUUUGAUGCAAUCAUUACAGACCCACCAUAUGGUAUCAGAGAAGCUCCUCGCAGAAUGGGAUCACAAAAGGAAGCAGUUAAAUCAGUUGAAAGAAGCACAGAAAAUCACUUCUUCGUUUCAUCCAGUUACCAUCUAAGUGACAUCUUUUUUGACCUCUUGAAGUUUGGGGCAGAACAUCUGGUGAUGGGAGGAAGAUUGGUUUACUGGCUGCCCAUAUACAGGCCUGAAUACACAGAAGAGAUCAUUCCCCGCCAUCCGUGCCUGAAACUUAUUAGCAACUGCGAGCAGCUGCUUUCCAGCCACACAUCAAGGCGCCUCAUAACCAUGGAAAAGGUGAAAGAAUUCAAGGAUCAAGAUGAGAACUCUUACUUGUUGGAUGGCCAGUAUAUGCCAUACAGGGGACACAAUUCUUUCCGUGAGAAGUAUUUCAGUGGUGUGACAAAGAGGAUUGCCAAGGAAGAAAAGGACAAUCAGAAGUAAAAUAUUAUAUAAACAGCUUAAAAAAUGAGAAAAGAAUGAAGACCGUGUUUCUUUGUAAGGACAUCUGGAUAUGAACAUUCAUUUGGAUGCUUCAGAAAAAUAAGUAACUGCUUUUAAUUUUAAAACAAGAUGAAACCCACAACCCAGGUUGGGAGCAGUUCUUUUUAAUUAGCUUUGUUUAUAGCAGAUUCUAUUGUACAAGUUUUUUGAGUCUUAUUUAAUUUAUAUUUGUACUUUCAAGUACUAAUGAUGAUUGACUAAAACCAUUAUUAUUGUUCUUUCACCAUUAACGUUUACAAGAAAGCAGUAGUAUUAUUUGGCUUCUUAAACUGUGAACAUCUGGCUGUUUUAAAAACACGUGGUGGUGAUCAGGGAUUGCUGAUUAAGAAGAUAAUUUUCAUUUGUUUUGGUUUUUUUUGUAAAUGGGGUACAAUAAACCAAGGUUGGCGUGAGGUUUUUUUAAUUCUUGCAUGCAGUAAUUGCUCAUAUCAAUUCCACUUGCUCUGGCUGAGGUCACAAGUGUUUAAAAGAAACAACAAACGCAAAGAAACUGGGCUCAUGCACACCCCACAAAAAGAAAAGCCUCUGUGACCUGACAAACUUUGGAAGGCCUAUGAAACCCUGUGAAGCCUGUCUACAUCUGAAGCUCAUCUGUACCUUGGAUUUGCUUUUGCAUUCCUAAACCUUGACUCUUGGUAACGCCAACUGUCUUCAAUUUUUGGUUCAGAAAUCGAUAGUUGAACCAGUAACAACAACAGCAUAAAAUCAGUAGUGGUUCCCUAAUGGUAUUAAGCCUAACCAAAUCUUUGAAACCAAAGCUGUAUUUGUUAAAGGGCAGACUUUGCUGAAUCCACACCACGUCCAUCAUGGAAAUACCUCAUUUGAAAACCACUAAGCCCAUUAAUUCAGGAUGUUAAUGGCUCUGCUCAGUUUGGUGGUCAGAUAUGGUCACAUAUCUUGGUCUGCGUUCACCAAGCAGGGCCCUGGUGCACGCAUCUGCGCUGCAGCCAGAGCAGCCCGGCUUCUCGGUUUGCUGCAGGUCGCUGACUGUGGUCAUGUUGAUGUCUGUGUAGAUCAUAAUUUUUAAGUGCCUCUCCAAGGAAGGCACAGGUCAUUGUGUGUAUCUGAUUGAGUUCAUUAACUGAAUUUGCUCUUCUGUGUAUUGUGGUCCUCAGCUGCAGCAGGAAAGCUUACAAACUCAGUGACAACUUAGUCUGGCCUUCUGGCUCUAAUCUGUGGUGUGUUAAAAAGUUCUCAAAUAGUGAUUUAUUUUCUGUGUUUCCAUUAUAAAUCACUUUGUCCUGACACUUUUAAUGUCAGCCAUAUAAUAGUCAUUCUGGACUCAACUUGGAGCAAGAUCAAAGCUCAGAAAAUUUUUCAAAAGCAGAAUUUGAAUUGAUCAUUUUCAAAUAUUACAUCAAAAAUGUACUGCUUCUGAAAACCUGUCUGCAUUUCAGCAUUACAAUUUAGCAUUCAUCUUUUAUUACUUAACAAAUUAGUUUCCCUUCUUCAUAGGCAAGGAGUUUUUCUGGAUGUAUUUAUUAUGCACUUAAAACUCCAUUUUCAUGAAAGUUACCUUACACAUGAUCUAAGUGGCUGUACAAGAGGUAAGGUAGUGGCAAAUCUGGCUCUGCCUGUUCAAUGAAAAUGAUUUAGUUUAUUUCUCCUUUGCCUGGUCCAACUUCUAGUCCCUUAAGCAGUGGUGGUGUGGCCUUUGUUUAGCAGUCCAUACAUACCAGCUCUGUCAUUACUGAGGGAUGCUGUUUUGAACAGAAACUAUAUUUGGGGUACUGCAUCAACAUUGGCUAAUCAGAAAUCAUUUAGAAUUGAAAUCAGAUGUUCAGUCUCUGCUGAUCCCCAACUUUAAAGCUGUCAUUUGGAAAUGUUCCUCAUCUUUAAAUUUCUCCUUGCUUAGUGUGCACGCUCCAGCCUGUUGCGCGUGCAGACUUCCAGAGCCCAGGGGUUUACAGAUCCAGAGCUGUGACACAGUCCUGGCGCUCUCCCAGCCGGCUGGCCUAUCCUUUCGGCAGCGUUUGGCCAUCGGUGGCCGCGGCUCCUGGCACUUCCUUUCGCUCUGCUUCCAUCCAGUCUCUUUCCAUGAGGUUCCAGUUUCCUGUCCCUGGCCAGGAGCGGCAGUUCAUGAGGCCGCGCUGAACUCAUGCCGUUGUCAUUCUCUCCUUUGGGGUGGUUUGUGCCAUUUUCCAGUUUUUAAAAAUAAAUGUUAUUUUUGGAGUGCUUUGUUGUGCUGCGGCAAAUUGGAUGGAGGGAGGAGCUGAAAACGGCUGCGAGGUCAUAUGGGCAGAAGCUGUCUCUGGCUGUGGAGAGCAAUUUGUUGAGGCAGCAAAGAGAAAGAGCUCCCUCUUUUUACAGGAUCCCUUUACCUGGUGGUGGUGUUCUGACUGCAAGCCUACCACACAUCUGUAGGAAGAAGAAGGGGAAAAUAGUGGAGAUAGAUUUUCUGUGCAUUUACUGUGUACCCUACUUGCCAUCUCUCUCUAAUACUUUUUAUAAUUAGUGGCCAAUUUGACUGAGUUGGUUUGAUGACGUCUUACAGAUAACAGAGCUACAUUUUUGUUGAAAUAGGCAGAGGGAGUGAAGAAGAAGACAAUCUCUUCCAAGGAAAAGGCUGGUAAUACGAGUUCAACUCUCAUUAAACAUCAGAGAACCCACAUGGAAACAAGACCUGGACAAAAGCUCUAACCAAUUCUUUUUGUUUCUGCUACUACAACCAGUGCUGGCGUUGCUGCUUCUUGAUCUUCUCAUUAAAACAAAGAGACACAAGUAAAAGCAUACAAAAAAGCUUUUUUAGUCGGAACACGAGGGUCUUGGCUGAACUUCCCACUUCUACUGAAGCUACGAGGCAAACUCACAGAAACUCAGUAGCUUUUCCUUAUCACUGAGUCAGGCAGAUGUGUUAGCUUGGUGAACUUCUCAAGGAUAGUGCAGCUCUCCCUGUAAACCAUCCUAAGAAACUGGUGUCUGUUAAUGGGAGGACAUCUGGGUCUCUUCCAGUAGAGAGACGAUGUCGCCACACUGGACAUGGGCUUUCCAACAGCAACUCUCUAUGGUUGGUUUUGGUGGGCCCUUUAUUCCUCUCUGCCUGUUCUAGAGGCCUGGAAGGCUGUGGUGGGAGUCCUUAACAGUUCAGCAUAUCUUUCUGUUAGACAAGCUCUCAGUGUUGUGACUUAACAAGGUCAUGGGUGUUCAUAUGCACCACAGCUGCAGAAGGCAGGCAGAUUUUUGUGAGUUCUCCGUCAAGGCACACCUGUCCAAAAUUACUGAAAAAUGGUGCUAGGAAGAUAUACCAUGGGCCUUCAGGCUGCUUUGAUAUUGCUUAAAUGUAGAAAUGUUAUAGUGAGGAAAUGCCUUAAUAAUUCUGAAUCUUUGCUUUUCUUCUAGCUCUGCUUUUUAAGAUUUCUUCUUAAUGCUUUUUUCCAUGUCUCCAGGACUAUUCCACAACUUUAAGGUCAUCAGCCAGAGAAGGGUAUCACAGAGUGGUGACCCUGUGACUUUGCACUGUCUUCUGGCCACAGGUUUUCCACAGACAAAAAUGUCCAUUUAGAGCAGGGAAGAGGCACAGGGGAUGAUACACAGUGGUUGCAGGUUUCCCUGUUGAAGAAGAGCUCUAGGGUUACUUGGCAAGUGUUUCAGCUGCUGGCUCAGCUCCCAUCACCACCAUGUUUCUCUUUUCUGACUCUCCACCCCUUCAUAGAAGCUGGGAAGAAAAAUUUAAUGUGUUCUUUCUUUGCUGUUUAGUUUGAUUUGCAGUUGAAACUGAGGGCCAGAGUUGAACAAGGCUGUCUUUUCAGUCUGGAAACUUCUUCCUAAAAAAAUUAGAGUUGUGGGUACCCAGGAGAAUGGAAAAACUGGUAUUCCUCUCCACCUUUCUUUUUUGUUUGAUAUUUGCAAAAACCCUAUUUCUUUAACCUUAUUCUCUCCUGUAAUUGAUUUUGGUGAUCAGUUUAAAAUUUCAAAAUGCAAAAUAUAUCUUACCUGCCCCUGUGUUACCCUUUUAAUAUAUUUCUCUGGUGUUCUCUUACUGGCUCAGUGGGCUGUAAAACUCUGUGUUUAGGUAUGUAUCCUCACAGCUGUUUUCAUUACAGUUCUCUGUCUUGGAUGCUGUUAUUUUGUACACUGUAUUUUGCCUUUUGUACUGCCUCUCACCAGUUCCAGCUUUCCCGAGCCAAGGAGAAGAAAGCUCUCUGUUAGCUGAAACACCUCAAGAGACCCAAGGUCCUGGAGGAUGGACAUUCUGCCUGGCUGCACUGAGGGCACAGGACUUCAAGACAGGUUUGCCAAGUAAGAUCUUUUUUAACUCUUGUAGGUUGCAUAAAGUGAGGUGGGCAGCUGAAAGGUAAAGUCCAUUGUCAGGAGGAAAAUCUCAGCGUCCUUGCUGCUGCUUUUGGGAUAUUGGCUGACUGUGCACCCAGGACGUGCUUCAGAGGCUGCUGAAAACCCACAGCAAAGCCUUGGCACAGGGGAUUCCACUGAGUGUGUCAGGUUUGACAUGGAGUACUUUGAGUAGCAAAGCAGGAUCAGGAUAUUUUGCUUCAUUUUAAACUCCCCAAAAGUUAAAUUUUUUAAAAUUCAGUUUUUAGGUGCUGGAGAAAUAUGAUUUUGUACAAUGACAUAUUAAUGAUCAUCUGAGAUUGUAAUCUAAAUUUUUGUUGCCUUACAUGAAAGAGGUGAAAAUAAAAAAAUCUAGACCUGUUCAAAACAGCAUAGUAUCACUGUGGUAUUUCUUUCCGAAAGAAAAUGUUAUUUGAAGUUUUUUUUUCCACUGAAAAUGCCUGUUGAUGUAUAAAUUCUGUUUUAAAAUUUGUUCUUCAUGGAU